AUGUCAUUCUCUUCUUUCCUGUCCAAACUGGAGCAAAAGGCAUCUGGAUCUUCCUCCCAUCCACAACCUCAACAAUACAACCCUCAAAACCCACAGCAUAACCCUCCAAAUCCGCAAUAUAAUAAUGCAUACCCUCAGUUUCAGCCACCAUUCCAAUCCUCCCAAGGCCCCACCUACAAUCAGAAUCAGUUCCCCAAUGCUGGCAACCAACCUGUCCCCUCAAACUACUAUAAUCGGCCCAUUUACAAUAACCCCCCACAGUAUACACCCCAGUACGCACCGUCUCCAUCUUAUGCGCCACAGCCACAACAGCAAUAUCGCAAACCAGCCACAAAAUCACUCCUGCUCUCAUAUUCAUCUGUUGGAACAGCAACCAGUGCCAAAGACCCGGACACAAAAGAACAGCUCUACAUAGUAACAUAUCCAAAAUACGAUGGUUGGACCGGAAAAUCCAAAUCCGGGCUUGACCACGAACUCCAUGUCGGUGAUAAAAAGGGACAAAUUCUCGGUGGGUGGAAGAGCUCUGACUUGACUGGAAAGCCUAGUAUAUGCAUCGGGGAACCCAAGAACGGCGCUCAAUUUCAGAAGUUGAAGAGCUCAAGCUCUGGAACUAAAAUGGGGUUUACGAGUCCACACAAUGGGAGGGAAUAUGGAUGGAAAAAGGGUGGUGAAAAGAUGGCGUUUAGACUGGUGGAUAUAGAGAGCGGAGAGGAGGUUGCGGCAUUCGAUCCGAGCAAUUCGAGUAUGAGUUUGAGUAAGCUAGGGAAAUUGGAGAUACAGCUCAUUGGCGGAGAAGAUUGGGUUGCGGCAGUAUUAAUAACCAUUGUGAUCUUGGUCGACCAGAAGGUGGACGAUGAGAUUGGCAAAGAGGUACUACAGGCGGUCCUUGGAGCUUGA